CGACGCAACAAUGACGGAGAUCGCCGAUGGUUCCGCAGUUUGCCCGUCUUCACGCGCUACUGGUUCGGCCUGUCCGUGCUCUCCAUCCUCGGUCGCUUUCGGCUGGUCAACCCGCAACAUCUAGUGCUCAGCUACGACCACUUCGUCAGGGGCUUUCAGAUAUGGCGGCCAGUCACGUCAGUGUUCUUCUACCUGGGUUUCCACUACCUGGUGAACCUCUACUUCCUCUACACAUACUCCAUACGCCUGGAGACAGGUCUCUUUGAUGCACCCACCAAUUACCUCUUCAUGCUGCUCUUCAACUGGAUCUGCAUAGUUAUUGUCGCCCUCUUGUCAGACCUCAUGCUUCUCAUGGACCCCAUGGUGCUGAGCGUCCUUUACGUCUGGUGUCAGCUCAACAAGGACGUCAUUGUCACUUUCUGGUUUGGCACCCAGUUCAAGGCCAUCUACCUCCCAUGGGUCCUGCUUGCAUUCAACAUGAUUAUCAGUGGCGGGGGCCUGUAUGAGCUGAUUGGCAUUCUGGUGGGACACCUCUACUUCUUCCUCAUGUUCAAGUACCCGCAGGAGUUUGGUGGCCGCAACCUGCUCCAGGUUCCCUCCAUCUUGUACCACUACUUCCCCGACCGUGUUGGCGGUGUGAGCGGCUUUGGCCAGGCUCCGGCACCAAGGAGAGCGGCAGACGCCGGCAACAACGAUCCCAAUGCAGGAGGCGGCUGGCACAACUGGGGCAGGGGCCAAGUGCUCGGGAACUAGGGCGACGACACUUCGCAGUGGGACUCGGCCACUUACCUGAGGAGGGGUGGGCGGGCAAGAACUUUAAGUUGGUCACGCAAGCGCAGUGGCAGUCGCGUGGUGCAAAGCCUAGUGCAUGGCCCUGCACACCAUUCCUCCCUCGUCGUUGUGUGACCCCUUUUCUUCUCCGACUUAUGUGGCCCAACUACGACUUAUGUGGCCCCAUUUCCUUUUUCGUGCUGGGCACGAGUGAGUGAUAAAUUUAGCUUUAACCAUAAAA